UUUUAACAGAAUAUUUUCCUUUGGCAUAAUAAAGAACAAACUGGUUCAACUGAUCCUUUUCAGGAUACAUUUGAAGGUUAAGUAGCUACAGAUCUCAACUAAUCCACUGUAAUCUGCUAUUACUAAAUGGAUGUCUACAUUCACAUUCAUAGCACACAGCACACGAGUGCCUGGGAAUAAAAGUUUUUAGAUUUUGUUCAUAUCAAUUUUGCUGGGAGGAAGUCAUGUAUCUGUUUGUUUGUUUAUGCAUCAUGAUUAGCUUUUUUGAAGAGGUAAACAGUUUUUGUCCUUCACAAUGCACUUGCAUUUACCAUGGCAGAAGUGAUGGCACCGGAACAAGGUCUGUGCUGUGUAAUGACCCUGAUAUGUUUGAGAUCCCUGUGAAUGUUCCUGUGGACACAGUAAAACUUCGUGUAGAAAAAACUGUCAUACGAAGAAUCCCCACUGAAGCCUUUUACUACUUGGUGGACCUUAAAUACCUGUGGGUGACCUACAAUUGUGUGGCUAACAUUGAUGCCAGCAGCUUUUAUAAUUUGAAGCAGCUGCAUGAAUUGCGUCUGGAUGGGAAUUUGCUGUCGAGUUUCCCUUGGGAGUCUCUUGUGGAGAUGCCCAACUUACGAACCCUUGAUUUACAUAACAACAAAUUGACCAGCAUUCCAUCUGAGGCCGGUAGAUACCUGAGAAACCUCACCUACCUGGAUCUAUCCAGCAACAAACUAAUCACCUUGCCAUCAGACCUAAUGGACAUUUGGCCCCCCUUCUCAGAAGCUACACCGUCCAGGAACACAGAUCCGGCAGCACAGAGACUCAUAUUAGGUUUGCAGGACAAUCCAUGGUUUUGUGACUGUCGGAUUUCAAAGCUAAUUGAAUUUUCCAAAAUAGUGGACACCUCUGUUAUACUUCUGGAUCCUCUUGUGGCUUGUAGUGGACCUGAGAGCCUGGCAGGUAUCUUGUUCCAGAGAGCAGAGCUGGAACAGUGUCUUAAACCAUCAGUGAUGACUUCAGCAACAAAAAUCACAUCACCUCUGGGAAGCAAUGUACUGCUACGCUGUGAUGCCACUGGAUAUCCAACCCCACAACUUACCUGGAUCAGGUCAGACAAUUUACCGGUGAACUAUACAGUAAUUCAAGAAACUCCAGGAGAAGGUGUCAGAUGGUCCAUAAUAAGUCUGACAGGGAUUUCAUACAAGGAUGCAGGGGACUACAGAUGUAAGGCCAAAAAUUUGGCGGGAAUGUCAGAAGCUGCUGUUACUGUCACUGUGGUAGGUGUUGUCACUACGACUGUGUCACCACAAAAGUAUGGGAAGAAGUUUGAAGCAGACCAACAAAAUAACACACAGGAGGAAGCCAAGCAAGAAUCUGAAAAAAGCACCACACCUCCUCCACCCUUAACAUCGCUACCCACAACAAUGGCUACCACUGAAAGGCCAACAGGUGCCAAGAUCACAGACAAAAAGCAAUCCAAGUCCAUUGCUGAUGGGAAAAAAAGUUCAAAGGGAGUAACAAAUGGAAACAACAAAAAGCCUGAAGAAACCAGCAAAAAAGAUGAGGAGACUUCAUUGAAUGCAGCAGCACUGGCUGAACAGAAUGUCACCAUAAAGUACCUGAAAGUUAUUAGUGAAACGGACGAAAGAGUUACCUUAACUUGGAAAACCAUCAAUGCCACAAGCAACUCUGCAGUGACUGUAUUGUACUCAAAGUAUGGUGAGAAAGAUAUGCUGCCUCUGAGUACAGAUCCCAGCAAAAACAAAGUCACAAUAGAUGGUUUGCAGCCUAGUACACAAUACAUGGCAUGUGUCUGUCCCAAAGGAGUCCCACCUACAAAAGAUCAAUGCAUUAUUUUCUCCACUGAUGGAAUACAUGAUGAGAGUGGUUCUCAAGUUUCUAUUUUGGUCAUGACUAGCAGUGUGGCAUGUGUGAUUGUUCUACCUUUGAUAUUUUUCUUACUCUAUAAAGUUUUAAAACUUCACAGGAAACCAAAAUCUGCUAGGGAAGCUGACCUUGCAAAAGAGACCUAUGUCAAAUUUGAAACACUUUCCUUGAAGCCCCGUUCAGUGGGCACAGGAGGAGAGCUCUGGACUCGAAGAGACACUGGUGAGUCAGAAAGACUUCUGCUUUGCUCUAGGUCAAGCAUGGAUUCUCAGAUGACGUUCAAAAGUGAGGGCUCCAGGUCUGAGUACUUCUGUUGAGUGUUGUAUACAGUGGACAAUGUGAAAUACACUAAGGGUAAAACUAAUUCCAAACUGCAGUCUUGUAUCUGAAAGCAGAUCAGUGCCAGGUAGGAAAUGCCACUAUGAGAUAUAGCAUCUCAUACAACUCAGACUAUUGUGGUAGGAGGGGGAAAGGGAAAUUGACACCAGUGUUUGUGUUUUUUUUGUCUUUUUUACAUCCUGUCAUGCAUCCUGUGACUUCUGAUAUGAGAUAGUGAUGUUCCUAGGAGAGUAAAUAGAGCAUAAAGUAAUUC